AUGCUGUACAGCCUCUUCACUUAUGAUUGUGUUGCUUUUCAACAUGACACCAGUAUUGUCAAAUCUGCAGGUAAUACAACAGUCAUUGGACUGAUCUCCAACGGUGAUGAGUCAGAGUAUAGGAGGGAAGUGGAGAAACUUCUGAAGUGGUGUCAGAACAUGCAGGUGUUUCUUUUAAAUGCUGCGAAGAAAGAAGAAAUGGGGCCAAAGAAGAGUGAUACCAGCAGGAAAAAUAAGUGGCUGAGCAUUGAAAAGAAGAAAGAAAUCAUAGAUAAAAUUGAGAGAGGAGGACCCCUAUUUUUUGAUAGUUCCCUUGGGAUCUUUUACAUUCACCAGAGCUACCAGCAACUUGAGCAGAUUGAUCUUGACUUAAUGCCUCAUCCAAAGGACAACACAGUAACUGGUGAAUGGAUCCAUAGGGAAGGCUAUUGUUCUAUGUAUGAAGAAUGUGGCAAAAAUCCGACAGUGGACAGUAGUUUACUACCAGCCAUUGUGCCCUGUGUGAGGAAUGAGCCUGCGCCAACCAUAAGUGGUCUCCACCUGACACAGUUAAAAAACCUGUGCCCUAUGUUUGACAUAGAAAAUGGUACUGCCCGUGCCUGCUGUUCUCUGCAACAACUGAACACUUUGCAGAUUAGCCUGUCUCUCUCCAAGCCAAUCUUGAGUCGUUGUCCAUCCUGUCUUGAUAACUUUGUAAAUAUCUACUGCCAGAACAUCUGUAGCCCUGAUCAGAGUUUGCAUAUCAAUAUCACAAAGACUUUCAGUGCAAAUGUAAGUGGAGACAUCAAGGAUGCUGUUCUAGAGUUUGAGGCCUUCUAUGGAAAGAAAUUUGCAGAGGAAUCAUUUGACUCCUGUAAGAAUGUACGCCUCCCAGCCACUGGAGGAUAUGCUAUAGAAGCAAUGUGUGGUAAAUAUGGCUCCAGCUUCUGCACUGCGCAAAGGUGGUUGGACUUUCAGGGAGAUGUUAGUAAUGGCUUAGCACCCUUAAAAAUUGAUUACAGACUAAUAGACAGCAAUACUAGCUUUUCUAAUGGGAUAAAUCCAUACAAUAGACCUGCCUGGAAAUGUAAUGAACCAUCCAGCUCAGAUGGAGAAGCAUGUUCCUGUCAGGACUGCGUUCAGUCCUGCCCAGUAAUUUCACCACCACCUUCUCCUCAGCCCCCCUUCCAAAUUGGAAAUGUAGAUGGAGUCCUUGUGAUUUGCAUCUUGAUCUUCUGCCUCUUUUUCACUGUGGCUUUAUCUGUGAGAAUCUAUUGGUGCUUUUCCAAGCACCAGCCUAAAAAGAAGAAGCUACAACAAGAGCUGACAGAAAAGGAUGUGACUUGGUCUGACCGAGCUAGCCUUGCCACCCAACAAUUCCUGGGAAGAAUAUUUCAGAAAUGGGGUGUCAUGGUAUCUUCAUACCCUAUAACUGUCAUUCUUAUCACAUCUGUGAUAGUGAUAGUGCUUUCAGUUGGAAUGGUAUUCAUUAGUCUGACCACAGAUCCUGUGGAACUCUGGUCAGCUCCCAACAGUCGUGCUCGAAUAGAGAAAGAUUUCCAUGAUGCUAACUUCAAUCCAUUUUUCCGGACCAACCAGCUUAUCCUGACAGUAAAGAAUAGGUCUGGCUACACGUAUGACUCACCUUUCUUUGGCUCACAGAACUUUAGUGGCCUGAUCACCAAGGACAUCUUGCUGGAACUUUUGGAUCUACAGACUAAAAUAUAUAACAUAGUGGUAUGGUCAGAGAAGUACCAGAUGAAUGUUACUCUCAAGGAUGUCUGCUAUGCUCCCUUAAACCCCAGAAAUCCCAACACAACUGAUUGCUGUGUUAACAGCUUAAUGCAGUACUUCCAGAACAACAAAACUCUCUUUGACAUGACGGCACCCCAAGGGGACUCUGUUGUGGACUGGAGGGAUCACUUCAUUUAUUGUGUCAACUCACCACUCUCCUUUAAGGACAAUACAAAACUGGGCCUCAGCUGCAUGGCAGACUAUGGUGCUCCUGUCUUUCCAUUCCUUGCAGUAGGAGGAUAUGAAGAUGAAAAAUAUACUGAAGCCGAGGCCCUUAUUCUCACCUUCUCAUUAAAUAAUUUUCUUCGGAAUACAAAUGAAUAUGAAUAUGCCCUCCUCUGGGAGAAGCAGUUUUUGGAAGUGGUCAAGGCAUACCAACAGGAUCCCUCUAGUAAUUUCACCAUUGCAUACAUGGCUGAGCGCUCUCUAGAAGAUGAAAUUAACAGGACAACACUGGAGGACAUUCCCAUUUUUGCUAUAAGUUACUUGGUCAUCUUUGUAUACAUUGCCCUCACCUUGGGCAAAUAUUCAUCUUGUGGCAGAUUGCUGAUUGACUCAAAGUUGACGCUAGCACUGGGAGGAAUCAUGGUGGUCUUGUGGUCCGUGCUUGCAGCGAUGGGGUUUUAUGCUUACAUCGGUGUCCCUUCCUCGCUAAUUAUCCUUGAAGUAGUUCCUUUUUUGGUGCUAGCGGUUGGAGCCGACAACAUUUUCAUCUUUGUUCUGGAGUUACAGAAAGAUGACAGAAAGCCAAACGAGACUCAUGAGCAACAGAUUGGGAGAGUUUUAUCAACUGUCGCUCCCAGCAUGCUUCUCUGUAGUAUCUCCGAGUCAGUAUGCUUCUUCUUAGGAGCUUUAACUAAAAUGCCAGCAGUGAAGUCCUUUGCUCUGUAUGCAGCCCUUGCAGUCAUCUUCGAUUUCCUGUUGCAGAUGUCGGCCUUUGUGGCACUUGUCUCCUUGGACACUAGACGGCAAGAGAAUUUACGACUUGAUCUCUGCUGCUGUGCAAAAAAAAAGUCGUCGAAGAAACCACCAAAAACAGAUGGCUUCCUACUAUCAAUCAUGCGGGAUUACUAUGCACCUUUCUUGCUGCAUGGCAUCACUAGGUUUAUUGUGAUAAUCUUGUUUGUACUCAUGUUUUGUGCUGGCAUAUACUUUAUGGUAAACGUGAAGGUGGGAUUAAACCAAGAGAUGGCGAUGCCUACGGACUCGUACAUGCUGGACUAUUUUGCCUUUCUGUAUAAAUAUUUUGAAGUCGGCGUGCCAACAUACUUUGUGACAAAAGGAAAAUACAAUUUCUCUGCCCUGGAAGGUAUGGAAGGUGUUUGUUCAAGUGUGGGAUGCAACAAUAACUCCAUGACUCAGAUAAUCCAGUAUGCGACCCAGUUCCCAGAGAGUUCCUACUUGGCAAUCCCUGCCUCUUCCUGGGUGGAUGACUUCAUAGACUGGCUGAAUCCAUCAUCUAGAUGUUGUCGGCUGUAUAGUUUUGGACCAAAUGCUGACAAGUUCUGUCCAGCCACAAGCAAAGAAUUUGCCUGUUCAAAAAAAUGCAUGACGUCCAACAGCAAUGGUAUUAUCAGGCCAUCAGCUGAAGAGUUUUACACCUACCUACCAUUGUUUCUUUCUGACAGACCUACACUAGAGUGCUCCAAAGGGGGCCUAGGAGCCUACGACAGCUCGGUGACAUUUCAAAAUGAAUCAGUUGGAGCAACCAGAUUCAUGGCAUAUCAUACACCACUCAGCAACUCGCAGGAGUUUACAGCGGCUUUGAAAGCUGUCCGGGAACUCACCGACUAUAUCACAAAGACAAUGAGAAUGAUGCCAGGGACAGAUCCAGAUUUUGAGGUGUUUGCAUACACGAUCACCUAUGUGUACUAUGAACAGUACCUGACAAUUGUGGAGGAGGGCUUAUUUAACAUCGGACUUUGCCUCAUCCCUACCUUUGUGGUUUGCUGUAUCCUACUGGGAAUGGACUUACGCUCUGGAUUACUCAACCUGCUGACCAUCAUCAUGAUCGUAGUGGAUACUGUUGGGGUAAUGACACUCUGGGACAUUGACUACAAUGCAGUUGCACUCAUCAACCUUGUCACGGCAGUUGGAAUUUCUGUGGAAUUUGUUUCACACAUGACCCGUUCCUUCGCUCUCAGCAUCAAAGACAACAAAGUUGAAAGGGCCAAAGAGGCAACAGCUAACAUGGGCAGUGCGGUCUUUGCUGGUGUUGCCAUGACAAAUCUCCCAGGAAUCAUUGUGCUUGCCUUUGCAAAAGCCCAGCUCAUCCAGGUUUUCUUUUUCCGCAUGAACCUGAUCAUCACCCUGCUUGGAGUAGCCCACGGUCUUAUCUUCCUGCCUGUGCUUCUCAGCUACUGUGGGCCGAAUAUUAACAAGGCUGUGUUACUGGAACUGCAAAAAGAGAAAAAGAAUAAAAUGGAAUUGGGUAUUUCCAACAAAGGAUUUGAAGAUAAUACAGCCAAGAAGACAAUGGAAGACAUAUACGAGAACAUAGCAGAUGAGACUACAGACAAAGAAUCUCAACGGACUACAGCUAAGAUUUGAUAAACUAAUGACAACCUCCACAACUACUGCAUUAAUAAGCAAGACUUAUGCAAAUACAAAAAGACAUGGCUGAAAUAUGCUUGAAGCCCUGUGGGAGAAAAUAGACUACUUAAAUUGAAUAUCACUACAUUCAAACAGCAAUUUGCACUAAUCUGAAAAAGACAAUAGUCUUUAAUCUGUGACAGUAAAGAAAUAAGGGAGCAUGGCUUGUUUCAGACGCACUCCAACUGCAGCUGUAGUUUGAUAUAGUGGGCAACUAUGGACUAUUUCUGUACAUUAUAAGGGAAGAAAGAAUGGCCUCAUGGCAAUGAAGACUAAACUUAGUAGUCAAAGCCAUGACAAAUUGAUGAAAAACCUAAAGAACUAUUAAGAUAUUUAAAACUGUUUUGAUAAAACUAAAUACCUCUGUUCAUAAUGCACUUUCACGUUUUGGACUGAAACUCCAUAGCAUUAUAUAUAUUUUUGGACAAAGUAUGCAUAUCACAGUUAUGGAUAAAAUUACACACUACUUGUAUAUUUUCAUACGAUACAUAAAUAUUACUGUAAAGUAAUGUGUGUAUAUGCAUUCUUUUAACAGAGUUGUACUUGCAUA